GAAAGUCGCCAGAGUAGACCGUAACUAAUGAACUGACACUGUUGGACUUGCAACUAAGGCCAAACCAAAGCUAGUUUCGUGUAAUUCAAUCUCUCUUUCUCUCUCUCACCAAACACUCUCAACUUUUCUCUCUCAGCUCCAAGAACCAAUUACGUUUUCUCUCACUCCAGUGUGUUCUAUUCGUUUUCAUCCGUUCUUCGAAAAUUCGCUGGUAGAGGUUGAUAUUUGAGUGUUUGUAGAUUGGGUGAUUUAGGCUAUUGUUGGAGGAGAGAGUGUAAAUGCAGAAACCAUCUACCGACGCAAUUAGUAUGGGAAAAAGGAGCCUGGAGGGUGGAGAAGAUGAUCAGCCUGAACGAAAGAGGCCUGCUCUCGCCAGUGUAAUUGUUGAAGCUCUUAAGGUGGACAGUUUGCAGAAGCUUUGCUCAUCUUUAGAGCCUAUUCUACGUAGAGUUGUGAGUGAAGAGGUGGAGCGUGCUUUGGCAAAGUUAGGUCCUGCAAGAAUUGGUGGAAGGUCUCCACCUAAAAUGAUUGAAGGCCCUGAAGGUAGAAACUUGCAGCUGCAAUUUAAGUCCCGGCUGUCUCUUCCCCUCUUCACAGGAGGAAAAGUAGAAGGCGAGCGGGGGGCUCCAAUACAUGUUGUUCUGAUUGAUGCCAACAGUGGAAGCGUUGUAACAUCUGGACCUGAAUCCUCUGUUAAGCUUGAUGUUGUUGUCCUUGAAGGUGAUUUUAACAAUGAAGAUGAUGAAGAUUGGACCCAAGAGCAUUUUGAAAGCCAUGUGGUAAAAGAACGUGAAGGAAAGAGACCUUUAUUAACUGGGGACCUGCAAGUAACACUCAAGGAAGGAGUUGGAACAUUAGGGGAACUGACCUUUACUGAUAAUUCAAGCUGGAUACGGAGCCGCAAAUUCCGGCUUGGCCUGAAGGUUGCCUCAGGCUUUUGUGAGUCCGUACGCAUUCGUGAAGCUAAGACAGUGGCUUUUAAUGUUAAAGAUCAUAGAGGAGAAUUAUAUAAGAAGCACUACCCUCCUGCAUUGACUGAUGAAGUGUGGAGAUUGGAGAAGAUAGGCAAGGAUGGAUCAUUUCACAAGAAGCUGAAUAAUGCAGGAAUAGUCACAGUUGAAGACUUUCUUCGGCUCGUGGUUAAAGAUCAACAGAAAUUGCGGAAUAUCCUUGGAAGUGGUAUGUCGAACAAGAUGUGGGAGGCUCUUUUAGAGCAUGCAAAAACAUGUGUUCUAAGUGGGAAGCUCCAUGUUUAUUAUCCAGAAGAUGCAAGAAAUGUUGGUGUUAUUUUUAACAAUAUCUAUGAGCUGCGUGGUCUUAUAUCAGGAGAACAAUUCUUUUCUGCGGAUUCUCUCACUGAUACCCAGAAGGUUUAUGUAGAUUCGUUGGUGAAGAAAGCAUACGAAAAUUGGGAACAGGUUGUAGAUUAUGAUGGCAAAUCACUUGUUAAUGGCAACCAAAAUACCAGUUCUAUUGCAUCUGAAAAUGAACUUCGUGUUGAGUCAAUUGAUUAUGGUUCUGGUUUAGAUCAUCAGCUGCAACUGCCGGGACUUCCAGUGUCCGUUCCUUCUGAACAUCAAAUGAAUUCUGGGAUGUCAGUUGGGGGUUAUAACGAUAAUGAGGUAACACGAUAUCCAACCCAGUCAUUGAUUUCAAACUCAAGCUCCCGGAGUCAGUUCGAUAGCUCAUUAUAUCUGUCUAAUGACCAAUUAAUUACCAAUACUCACCACUCCCCAAACGCUAGAAACGAUCAUGGGACAGUUGGGUUAGCUCUAGGACCUCCUCAAUCAUCGACGUCAGGGUUCCAUGCUGGUAGCUCUUCUAUUCAGCCAUCUACUCUAAACCCUUUUGAUGAUUGGUCACACAACAGGGACAAGGGGGUUGAUGAAUUCUUUUCAGAAGAAGAAAUCCGCCUCAGAAGUCACGAAAUGUUAGAGAAUGAAGAUAUGCAGCACUUGCUUCGGCUCUUCAGCAUGGGAGGCCAUGGGUCCAUGAGUGCGGAGGAUGGCUUUUCAUUCCCAACAUAUAUGCCAUCUCCCAAUAUACCAAACUAUGAUGAGGACCGUUCUCGCCCAGGCAGAGCUGUUGUGGGAUGGUUGAAGAUCAAGGCAGCAAUGAGGUGGGGGUUCUUUAUCAGGAAGAUAGCAGCUGAGAAACGGGCACAGAUAGAGGAGUUAGAUGAAUAGGUUGUUUGGACAAUGGUUGCAGGCUUAACAGUUAGCCUUAAGAUCAUACUGAUAUUCUGCAGAUUUAGUAGUCUUUAUCAGUUGCCAACCAAGUUGUGCAGUCCACGGUGUUAAUAUUUAAUUUAUGCACCUCUGUAUCUGAUUUGACCGUACGUCUGUCCCGGUAUCUUGUACAGUUUGUUGAUGCUUAGGAAAAACCGUGAUUGUCAUUUGUUUUUCAUUUUAUGUUUAUGCUCUUGACUUUCUAUUGGCUUUGGGUUUUUAGGGAUGAUGUAUUUACGCAAUACCUCAUAUUUGAGACGAUAACUAAGACUGAUCAUUGUAUAUUUUUGAGCAACUUGAUUUCUGGUUGUAUUAUCACUUAUUAUCUUA